UAAACGACAUUCAACGGAAGCAACACGAUCACCAUGCCAACACAUUCAAGCCGCUUCUACAGGUGCGUGUCUGCCAGAAACAGACUGUCACAGGAGGAAAUUAUGUAGAUCGUCACGCCCAUCUUGUUGAGCAGGUAGAGCAGGUUAACAAACACAAUACCCACGGUUACACCGGGGCAGGGAGCUGUAGGAGACGCGCGUGAGCGGUGGGUGGAGAGAAGAUACCCGGAAUGUACGACAAGUGAUCGGCAGCAGUUUCCACCAACUGGCCCCUCGUUGAUCCAGUCUUUUAUUGUCUCGACCAAGAUGAAGCUCGCGGUUGUUUUACUGUGCCUGAGCGUGGCUGUGAUGGUUGGAAUGGUUUUCCAAUCCGUGCGCCAGGAGCUGCACCUGCGCCACUUGAAAACCCGCAUGGUGCUGGACUCGGUGGACGUCAAGAGGAAGGAAGGAGCCAUCGUCGAUGCGAAAAAUAAAAUACAGGGGAUGAAGACAACACUAGACUCUGUCAACUCCAAGAUGGAUCAGCUGAAAAAGAAGAAAGUAGACGCUGAAACAUCAACACAAGAGCAUGAUAAAACUCUUCAGGCCUGUAACUCAGAGAAGGAAGAGGUUGAGAAAAACAAGGCAAGUGUGACAGAGGACCUGACUAAACUCAAAGCUGACCACGAAGCUGCUAAAAAGAAGGCAGAGGAGGACAUUCAGAGCUUGAAACAAGAGAUUCUGGAUAGAGACAAAGCUAUAUGUGCCUUUGUAGAUACGACGAAGGAGGAAGCACGGAAGCUGUGUGGACUCACUGUCGCUAAAAAAUAAAGUCAACUAAGAAACAUUCAACAUUGACUGAGAACUUAAAAAAAGAAGAAGCAUGCUAUACAUGCAAGGAUACAAUUUUACUAUCACUGAUGUGAUUAUAGAUCUGCUUGUUUCUUAAGAGAAUGUUUGAUCUAUAUUGAUUUAUAAAAACUGUCUGUACAUCCAUUCAAAGGACAAAUAGACAUAGGGACUGGGGAAAUAUGAUGAAAUGUUGUUUUUUUUGGGUUUUUUUUACAGGAUUGCAUUGGUGGGUUGGAUCUUGUGUGGCUUUCUAUCUCUGUAAAAAACUUUGACACAUACUUGUGAUUACAGCCUUCACAGAUCAACUUAGAUGUUAUGCAAAGUCAUUACCAAAAACAGCCUCCACUGAUUGAACCAGUGAAGCUAUGUUGUGUAGUACCUGUGUAUGUUCUGGUGCCCGGCUCCUGAUGAAACUGUGUCUACCAGCAACCCGGAAAACAACAUGAUCACUGGUCUUGUGUGGCAUCAUUUGUUGACAAAACAUACCACGUUUGGUGGAACAGUAAAUUUAUGCUUAAUGGAAAUAUCACAUGGUGUCACAUAUUGGGAGUGAGAUAAAUGUCAGUUGAAUAAAUAUUCACUUAUACUAAAUAGUAGCUGACAUGCAGAUUAACAUGUCAUAUUUCCAAAUAUUAUAUUUCUCAAAAAGCCACAGUAAUCUAAAAUUACACAAUAAAAUCUUACCUGGCUGACAA